AAAAGAAAGUGACCAACAAGGCACACGUUGAGGCUUCAAUUUGUCAAGCGUAUCUUCAACAAGAAAUCUCAACGUUCUCGUCUUUUUACUUCGAGCGUGAGGUCAUCACCAGAAGGAAGAGACCUGCCCGGAACGAUGACAUUGGCGAGGAUUUAUAUGAAAAUGUAGUUUCCAUCUUCAAUUACCCAGGCAGAGGUAAAGGUGCUGCGACACAACGAUACAUCCUGGGUGGGGAAUUGCAAAUUGCGCAUACGUAUAUCCUCAUGAAUUGUCCAGAAAUCUCACCGUUUUAUCAUGAAUUCCGAGCUUCUUUAUCUGCCUUUCCUGAGAAUGAAAUUGAUGCGUUGGUGGACUCUGAUUUUGUAAAUUGGUACAAGUAUCAGAUCAAUAGUCGUGGGAUUGUCGACCCUUUGUUAGUAUCAUUAGCGUGGGGCCCAGGUGCCAGUGCCAAAGUGUGGCGGCAAUAUGUGAUAAACGGUUACACAUAUCACACAGCCGAUUACGGAGAGGGCCGACCAACAACGAACAGCGGGUUAUGUGUCCCGACCAUCGGUUAUGAUAACUCGGAAACCAAUUUUUUUGGUGUCCUGCAGGAGAUUCUGGAACUUGAGAUGCCUUCUAGUGCGAAAAAAAUGACAUGCGUUCUGUUCCGCUGCACAUGGGUUGAUCCCACACGUGGCGUGCGAAAAAAUCCGAAGUAUAAUAUGAUUGACGUCAACCACUCUCGUGUGUACCCGAAAAAUGAGCCUUUCAUACUCACCCAACAAGCAGCGCAGAUUUAUUAUGCAGAAUAUCCUACAACAAGGCGGACCCAGAAUCCUUGGGUGUGUGCAUGUCCUGUCCGUCCGAACAAAAUUAAAUCACAAACUCAACACAAGGACGUUGAUCUAGAUGCUUUUCAGCAACAAUUUUUCCAACCUCCGCCUAUUGUUGAGACGGUCAACUAUAACGUCCAAUUAAGUGAUCCAAAUGGCGGACGUGUUGAAGUCAUGCCAGAAACGCACCUUCCGGACCUAACCAUUCCAUCUGAGCGCGAAAUUGAGGAAAUGUAUGUAGCACAACAAAAUGCUCAAUAUCAUGAAGAAGGUGAAUGGAUAGACGGUUCAGAUACAGAAGAAGACACUAUAUAUGUAGAAAAUAACGAUUCUGACAGCGAGUAAUUGUGCUGUUGUAAUUUCAAUUUUGUGAUAUAAUUUCUCCAAGCAUAUUUGAUAAUUUCUUUCAUCAUUAUUGUUUGUAAAAUAAUUACUCCUUAAUCUGUUCUAUACCACAUAAAUUCAAAGCAGUUUAUUUAAUA